AUGGGGAACACGCUGACCUGUUGCGUGUCCCCCAAUGCCAGCCCCAAGUUGGGCCGGCGCGCGGGGCCGGCGGAGCCGGACUACGAGUCCGAGAUCUACGAGGCGGCGGCCGGCGACGCGGUGGCUGUGGCGCCGGCACCCGCUGCCGUGGAGCCCACCGAGUUGGAUUUCGGAGCCGGCGAGGGCCACCACCUGCAGCACAUCAGCGACCGGGAGAUGCCCGAAGAUCUAGCUUUGGAAUCAAACCCUUCUGAUCAUCCAAGGGCAAGCACAAUUUUCCUGAGCAAAUCUCAAACAGAUGUGCGAGAAAAGAGGAAGAGCAACCAUUUAAACCAUGUAUCUCCAGGGCAGCUUACUAAAAAGUAUAGCUCAUGCUCAACAAUAUUUCUAGAUGACAGCACAGUCAGCCAGCCUAAUCUUAGAACCACAAUAAAAUGUGUGACCUUAGCAAUAUAUUACCACAUAAAGAACAGAGAUGCAAAUAGAUCCCUGGAUAUUUUUGAUGAGAGAUCACAUCCACUCACAAGAGAAAAGGUUCCGGAGGAGUACUUUAAGCAUGAUCCCGAACACAAGUUUAUUUACAGAUUUGUUCGUACUCUUUUUAGUGCUGCACAGCUUACAGCUGAAUGUGCAAUAGUCACUUUGGUUUACUUAGAAAGACUUUUAACUUAUGCUGAGAUCGACAUUUGUCCCACUAACUGGAAGAGAAUUGUCUUGGGAGCCAUUCUUCUUGCAUCCAAGGUUUGGGACGAUCAGGCUGUGUGGAAUGUGGACUACUGCCAGAUCCUCAAGGACAUCACGGUUGAGGACAUGAAUGAGAUGGAACGGCAUUUUUUGGAGCUACUUCAGUUUAAUAUUAAUGUUCCUGCCAGUGUUUAUGCCAAAUACUACUUUGACCUUCGCUCCUUAGCAGAUGACAACAAUCUGAAUUUUCUGUUUGCUCCGCUCAGCAAGGAAAGAGCACAGAACCUAGAGGCCAUUUCCAGAUUGUGUGAAGACAAAUACAAAGACUUGUGUAGAGCUGCUAUGAGACGAUCUUUCAGCGCUGAUAAUUUCAUUGGCAUUCAGCGCUCUAAUGCUAUCCUCUCUUAAAGGGAGUAAUGAGAGGGUUCUAACAUCCUCAAUCCAUCAUCUACAAGGACUGGAGAAUUGUCACCUCUCCCGCUCAAAAACCAGCAAAGUUAGUAUUUUCACCGAAAACAAAGACAUGGAAUUCAAGAGACUUGGUGGACAAUGAGGAGGAUUGCACUCCAUAGGAAAGAAUGGGACCUUGUUAAUGCAACAACACACUCUUCUGUCCUUUUUAAUGUAAACAGAGUUAAAAAAAAAAAAAAAAAACACACACUUCAGAAAGGGAAAGCUCCCAACCCACACACAGAUAUUUGCUUACUAUGUAGGCCAAUAGCUGUGAACUACAUGAGGUUUUUUUUUUUUUUUAAUUAAUAGUUAAAAUUUUUAGACAUUACAGACACUAACCCUAUAACUUUUAUCUUUUUCCUAUUUUUCUUACCCUCUUCCAGUAUUGCUGCAUAUGCCUUUAGAAUCAAUGCAGUAUUAUCCUUGAAACAUGGGACUCUGACCAACUCACAAAACCAUGUAGGAGCAGACUGUAGCAUUAUUAGGAAUUGAGGGUUCUUCCUGCAUCAUUGAAGCUGCUCAUCAUCGUCAUCAUUGGCAAUCAAUUUAAACCAAAAAGCUGCUGGAUAACACUUGUCAUUCCUGUUCUUUGCAAGCACUACGUACUAGCAUUUUAGCAUAUUUGGGGUCAUAAAGAGAAAGUAUCAGUUAUUGAUGACCUACUUCUGUUGGGGCCAUGCUGUAUUUCUCAUGAACUGUAACGGUGCUUUUCAUCUUCUGAUAAUUUUCCUUAUUUAUCAAAUAACUGUAUUAAAAGAUACUUUCCUAAUGUCAGCCAACAUGGUGGUCCAGGAAUAACAAGCAAGUAGUAAAAUACAAGGUGUCCAGAAAGUUAGUGCAGUUUUAAGCAUUUGUGUGUUGGUGGGCCCUCCAGGGCACUGCAACAGAAGUAGACAUGCUACAAAUUUAGAACAUCACAUGAAAGUUUAGUUUCUUUUAAACUUGUUUUUUUGUAAAUUUGGAAUGUUAAGCUUUUAAUUUUAAUGUUUUAUUUCAGUACAAUUUUAGAUUGUACACAUUGACUGAAACCCCCUUCCCCAAAUAGAAUUAAAGUUUAAUAUUCCAAAUUUGCAAACCUAAGUAAGUCCAAAAGAAAUAACUGAGCUUUCAGAUAAUGUGUUGUAUGUAAGUCUGUAGCAUUUAUACUUCUACAGCUAUCAAAGCUUACAGCAGCACCAAGAGUUUUGGAAUACCUUGUUGUCACCUAGAAGUACCUCCCUUCUUAAAGUAGUUCUUUGCAGAGCUGUACUCUCUCUGCUUGGAUCACCUCUCUUUCCUCUAGAUCUGGUAAAGGAAGAUUAUGAAGAGCAGUGUUAAUGCACAUGUGAUGUGCAUUAAUGUGCAUUAAUGUGCAUUAAUGUGAUCGACAACAAAGGACUGGACCCUAAAUAGCUGUAGGUGAUACAAAACGGUUGUUUAAUCCCACAUGUUCACCUGGCUGGAAGCGUCCCAUUUAAAGUCCUGCUAUUUAAGCAGAAACUUAUGUAAAUCUUAGGAACCUUCCAGGCUUUAAAGGACAAGGAAUAGAUAAUGUUAGGGGAUUGGUAACAAUAUCACCCUAGAUUUGAAAUAUUGGGGAAAAAAAUGAGUGUUCUCAACUAUAUGAAAUCUGUUUCUCCUACCUUUUCAAGUAUAAUCCCAGGAAUUUGACCUGUAAACAAAGCAUUUCUGGGCCAGGAAUAUUUUCUCUAAAUAUAGCAACACUUUACAUGAUAUUGAGUGUUACAGGUUCCAUCAUUUUUAAAGGACAGAGACAUAAAUAAUGGUAUAUAAAUAUUACAAUCUACCACCUCAAAGAAAAAAACAUCGUUUAUGGAGUUCAGAGCUUGGAGAUUCAAGUGUUGAUUGCGAUUUUAUUUUGAAAAGAAUGCUACAGCUCACGUGAUUUUUCUUGUGUUUAUAUUAAAAGAAAAGCUAAUAAACUCUAUUUUAAUUAAAUAUGGGUAGCGUAUUUAUAACACUCCUCUAUUCAUAUAGCAGCAUGUCUCUGCCUGACUUUUAAGUCAGUCCUGGUAAGUCUUAAAACAUUUUAAAACUGACCAUUCAUAAGUUGGUUUGAUCCAUGCCUGUAGUUAAGAUGUAAUUGAUUGCUUUUGCUUACUGGUUUUUUUUUUUUUAAAGACUUUUUUUAAAAAAUUUAUUUAUUUGAGAGAUAGGGUUACAGACAGUGAGCGGGAGAGAGAGAAAGGUCUUCCAUCCAAUGGUUCACUCUCCAGGUGGCUGCAACAGCUGGAGCUGCGCUGAUCCGAAGCCAGGAGCCAGGAGUUUCUUCCCGGUCUCCCAUGUGGGUGCAGGGACCCAGGGACUUGGACCAUCUUAUACUGCUUUCCCAGGCCACAGCAGAGACCUGGAUUGGAAGAGGAGCAGCCAAGACUAGAACCAGCACCCACAUGGGAUGUCGGCGCUGCAGGCAGAGGAUUAACCUACUGCGCCAUGGCGCCAGCCCCUGCUUACUGUUUUUCAACUUGAAGAUUUAUUUUUUCUUAAGAUUUGUUUUAUUUAUCUGAAAGGCAGAGUGACAGAGACUGAGAGUGAGCUUCUAUAUGCUGGUUCACUCACUAAAUGUCCAAAAGGGCUGUGGCUGGGCCAAGCCAGAGCUAGGAAUUCCAUCUGGGUCUGUUACAUGGGUAGCAGGGACCUAAGUACUUGGGCUAUCAUCUGCUGCUUUCUCAGGCCCAUUAGCAGGGAGCUGGAUCAGAGGAGCAGCCAGUGCUCAAACCAGCACUCAGGUUGCAGGUGGUAGCUAACCUGCUAUGCCACAACGCUGGCCUGACCCCUGAAGAUAAUUUGUUACACUGGAAACCACUGGCUGCAAAGUGCAUUAGAUGGAAUCUGUGAAUAGUUUUUUAUUGUACCUGAGAGGGGAAAGCACAUUAGAAUAUAAAAUUAGGUAAAUUAUACAAAAGAGGGAGAAAUUACAGGGACAGCAUAGAAUUAGAAUAUGAAGGGGCCGGCCCUGUGGUGUACAUAGCAGGUAAAGCUGCCGCCUGUGAUGCCAGCAUCCCAUGUGGGUGCCAGUUCGAGUCCUGGCUGCUCCACUUUUGAUCCAGCUCUUCUGCUGUGGCCUGGGAGGGUAAUAGAAGAUGGCCCAAGUCCUGGCUCCUGGCUUUGAAUCAGCUCAGCUCCAGCUGCUGGUGGCCAUUUGUGGAGUGAACCAGCAGAUGGAAGACCUCUCUGCCUUUGCCUCUUUAUAUAACUGCCUUUCAAACCUUUUUUUUUUUUUUUUUAAGAUGUCUUUUUUUUUUACUUGAAAGAGUUACAGAGAGAAGCAGAGGCAGAGAGACAGAGAGGUCUUCUACCCUCUGGUUCACUCCCCAAUUGGCUGCAACAGCUGGAGCUGCGCCAAUCCGGAGCCAGGAGCUUCCUCCAGGUCUCCCACACAGGUGCAGGAGCCCCAGGACUUGGGCCAUCCUCUACUGCUUUCCCAGGCCAUAGCAGAGAGCUGGAUCAGAAGAGGAGUAGCUGGGACUCGAAUAGGCGCCCAUAUGGAAUACUGGCAGUGCUGGUGGUGGCUUCACCCACUACUCCGCAGCACCAGCUCCCAAAUAAAUAAGUCUUUAAAAAAAAAAGAAGGAUUUCAGUUACAUAGGAAAGAAAAUACAAAGUGAAGAACUAGAAUUGGGCUUGCUGUACAGAGAGUGACUUAAAGUCACAUGGCUUGACUUUAACAUGCUAUUUUCAAUUAGAAAUACACCAAAUCUCUUGUAAAAGUAAGAGGCUAGCCAAUGAAUUUCAGCAAUUUUCUUUCUAAAUCCUGAAAGUGUUGCUGUAUUUUCAUCCACUUUAAUAUUUUAGUACUUAAGGUCAGACUUUAAAUCACUGAUCACUUUGUUCUUGAUAAAUCACAAUAAAUGAUCUGAUUUUAUUAGGGAAGAAAAAUCAUGUCUUUUUAUUUCCCAAUAAUAACACACCAGCCCAUAAGCAAAAAUGCUAACUUAUAUAAAUGGUCAGAGGUCAAAAACAAAAAAAGGUUUUGAGGAGGUAAGUGGACAUAAGUCUCUUGACUUGAAGAUCCAGUUGGCAGAAUAAGUAGUAUCACUAAAAACUGCUCUUCUCCCUUUGGCUUUAAUUCUGUUAGGCUGUACAUACAGAUAUUUUGAUAAAGGGAGAAUUAUUGUUACCUUAGGGCAAGAAUGAAAAUGACACUGAAAGUGGGUGAGUUCUUUACAUGUUAUGGGGCAUGGAAAUUUAAGUUGCAGGAAGUGUAUUAGCUAUGGUUGUUUUCUUAGAGUGCUCUAUACCUAGGAAAGAUUUAUCUUGUAGCACAAGACCAUAAAAAGGAAUAUCUGACAACCUAUUUUCAUUUUUAGAGAUUUUUCCUAUUACAAUACAGACCUCAGUGAAAUUUUAACUCUGGUUUAUUGUGAACUGAAUUUUUUGAGAAAAUAAAGAUCCAGUCAAAAAAGAUAGCAAGUUAUGGUUCAGUGUUUCUGCUUAUAGAGAUUUUUUUCUACUCUGUAUCAGAUUCCACCCCAGCCCUUUCACAUUCUUUCUUUGUGAUGCAUAUAUGUCUGUACAUUACUGAAGUCCCAUAGCACUGGAUCCUGGUUUUAGGACAGCUCAAGGUUCAUUUCUUGGUUUAGUUUUCCUACAUCUCUGAGUAUAGUAGUCCUUGAUUUGGAAAAAAAAAUAAUCAGAAAAACAGUUCAGUCUUCAUGCAGUCUAGAUUCAGGUCAUGCAGUGUUUUUAGAAACCAGUUUAGCUACAGCAUGCAGGAUAUCUAAAGUCUUUUCACCACCCAACCCUCUCUAACCACAUUUAAAUGAUUGACUUGACUGUUCCCAGGCCCAACAGUUCCACUGAGUAUAGAACUACUUGGGAAAGCACUUGACAGCUGGCAGAGAAGUCUCCCAGGUAGGUGAUUGCUGUGCAGAAUCUAUAGAUUACACCUGGUUUCUAUCAAGUUAAGGAUUGGAUUACCUACAGCCUUAACUGCCAGCCACUUACCGACCUGGUCGGCCUGACAUUGUGCCAACAAGCGAUGCACAAGCUGGAGCCUUUGGGUAAAGCCCAUUCCACUGGUGCACAGGAACAAUCUCCAGGGAGAACAAAAAGAACAAGGUAGUAGGGUUAUUUACAGGCUGGAAAGGGAGCUAAGUAGUUUGUGACUAGGAAAAUUCAGGAAUAGUCCCAAGAACGUAAGGUCUUCAAUACAGUAACAGUAGUAUCUACUUCAAACAACCUCAAAGGAUUCUCAGAUGUGCUUGCUAUUUUAAAUAGCAAAAGUCUAUUGCUUCAUCUGACCCUGGCAAUUCUACAAACCUUUACCUGUUAGCCCCUAAAUGUUGGCUUUGAGAUCACCUCCACUGAGAAUGGACACUUCCUGGCAGCCCAGCAGUGGCUCAUCCACCACCUGCUUCACCAGGUCCCUUAGGACCCACCCCCAGCAUGACCAUCCCAGUUUCUCUGUGUGACCCCUCUCGUGUCCGCUGUGGUGAUGUUUGAUGUUGGUUAUUGCGAUGGACUUCCAAAGCAUUAGCACCAUGUUCCAGGAAAUGCAGGUUUUGUAUGGCUCAAAGGCUAACGGGCCUCUUGAAAUCUCCUUUCAUCAUCUGUUUGAGCCUUCCUGUGUUCCCCAAAGCAGCUGUUUCUCUUACCCGCUCCCCUGACCUCACAGCCCCUGUCGCUGAGAACAGGGUAGCAAGCACCUCCACAUUCCAAAGCCAUGAAUUAAAUCGGGCAUUGGAUGCCCAAUUGGUAACUCCUCAUCUAGUGGAUUCCAUCUCUUAACGCUAAAUCCAAUCUUCUAUACCCACCCUUCAUUGACUUUGUUUAAAAUUGCACAUCACCCCAAAUUGGAAAUGGGGCAUUUUGACUGCUCAGUCCUUCAGUUUCUCAAGAUGUCCCCAACUACCUGCUUCUCAUCAGCUGUAAGACCCAGGCUUCUCUAAAGGCAAUACAAGAUCCUGGCACAGGUGAAGAACACUUAGUGGGAAAUCGAAUGAAGCCUGCAGGUCAUGGCAAUGUGCCAGCAUUGACUUCUUAGUUGUAACAGAUGUGCCAUGAUACCAUGAAACGUUAACAUUAGGGGCCAAUGGGAAGGGCAUUCAGGAAACAAUUAUCUUAGCAGAUCUACUCUAAAAUUAAUAGUUUAUCUUUAAAAACUCAGCAUGGGCCCCCAAACCAGUUAGGGUUGCAAUCUGUCUUUUUUUUUUUUUUUUUUAGCAAGAGCCUCAAAUGAUUCUUAUGCUAACUCGAAUUUGACAACCUGCGGAUCUCAUUCCCUUCCCUAAACAGCCGCUUCUUUGCUUUACUUAACCUGCCUAAAGCUGAUUUAAUCCUUUAACUCUUCCGAACACUAAGGUAUAAAUAUUAUUUUUCCCUUUUCAAAGAUAAGAAAACUGAAAUACUGAGAGGUUAAGUGUUCAGUCCAUAAGUCGUAGAGCUGGCAUUUGAAUCCCAGGCUGGCUUCCAAACCUCCUCUUAAACCAUUCUCCCUCUCAAGCUUGUUUCCAUCCAUGACAAACUGAGUCAUUAAAAGCAUUACCACCAAUCACAGCAUCAUGAGCCCACCGAGCUCUGCAAACGUCUCAGUUCCACAGCUCCUCUGCUCCAGGUUGUAGCUGCUUUUUUCCCUGUUUCAACUCGGGAAGCAACAAGAAGGCAUGGGGAAGAUGUGUCAGCCCUAGGGUCUUGGACAUGUAAGGUAUGUCUGUCGGGAUUCAUCUCAACUACUGUGUAUUUUAGGCUGCCUCUCCCAGCUGCCCUAACUGACGUUCAUGGCACUCGUGUCGAUGCUGGAUUACAGACUCUCAUUUUUCACUUCUUACUGGGUUUGUGCUGUCUCCCCCAAACAAGAUUAUUAUUUGAGCGGAGCAGAGAAAGCAAGAGCUCCCAUCUCCUGGUUCAAUUCCCAAAUGCCUGCCAGUAGCAGGGCUGGGCCAAGCCAAAGCCAGGAGCCCAGGUCUCAGUCCUGAUCUUUCAAAUGAGUGGCAGAGACCCAACUGCUUGGGCCCUCACCUACCGUCUCCAGGGGUAUGCAUUAGCAGGAAGCUGGAAUUAAAACUGGAGCCAAGACUCAACCCCAGGCACGCAUGGAAUGCAGGUGUCCCAAGUGGUGUCUUCCCCACCAGGCCAAACUCCAACCCCUCAAACCACAUUUUAAGUUCCUAAUUACCCAUGUUUCCCCACAUUCCUAUGCCUCAGAGCAUUGUGGGAGAUCCUUGCCAACAGGGGUGGUGUUUGGCAGAGUGGUGGCUAAUCUGUCUUGCCAAAGCAGCAGUCCACAGAAGGCAGUGUGGCAAUGGUACUGUCAUCUCUGGCUUAGGCGUCUGUUCAGAUCCUCAGGGAGGUGUUUUCCAUUUACUUCCAAUGUAUUCUAAAUCGAUGUAUUUCUUUUCCUCUGGGAACCCUGACUUCUAUUAAGAGUUCAGUGCCAAGUGUGAAUCCAACUGUUGAAUGAUGAGCAGUUUUGGGAAUUCUGCAACCGGACACACACACCAGUGCCUCUUCAAGCGGGUCCCAUACAGAGCACAGACGGAAGGCUGAUGAAAGGGAAUGCAGGCUCAGGCUCUUCUGGGAGUUCCUGCCCUCUCUUCAAGUGGUUAUGAAACCAUCGCAGGGUCGGUAGGAGAAGCCUAGGCAUCUAUCCACACACACACGUGUUUUAAUUAGUUCUUCUGGUGAUUGGAAUUUGCUUGAUUUUACUAAUAAUUUUGUCACAUUUUAAGCACAUCUGAGAGAUCUAUGAAAUUAGAACCCAUACAUCUUUUGUUAGCAACUCUUGGGAAAGCAGCAUAUCACCAUAAAAACAUGAGAAAAAGACAUCUACAACAUCUUUUAAUUUUCUUUAUCAUUGCUUUAAUGCAUUUUAAAAUUUAUCUACAUCAAUUGGGAACAAAGAAACAAAAAUAGACAUUUCUUUGUUUUUCAUAAAUAACUAAUCUCCAUAUUUGAUAAAAAAUCUCAAACUGUUAUCUUACCUUCCCACAAAUAUAAUACAUACAAAAUUUUUCUGAAAUAAGGUCAACAAAUUAAGUGUCUUGAGACUAACAUUACCACAUCUGCUGUUCUACUGACUUCCAGGAACAAAACAAAAAUAAACUUAUCAAGAUGCUCUGGGUUUCUUUUUGUUAGUGUUAUGGACUCAGAAUUAUAAUCAUCUGCCAGGAACUUAAGGGUUCAAGUUGAUUGUCUACAAAUAAAGUAUCACUGGCUCUGAUUUGUGAGUUCUGAAUUUGACGUGACAGUGACAAUACUGCAUAGGACAGGCACUAUACAUGUAUGGAAAUCAUGAAAGGUAUUGAAUGCCCUGGACUCGAACUACUGACUCGGUAUGUGCCUCAUUUGGCUCAGUAAUAAAUUCACCUGCACCAAACCCGUAUCAAAAGUCACUAAAUCUCUCAUAUAUAUAUAUAAUAUAUAUAUAUUAUGUAUAUACAUACCCACAAAACAUACAUACUAUACAUAUAGUUUGUAACAACAUGAAGUGAUAUUGUCUCCAAAUGACAGACUACAGACAGACAUUAUCCUAGCUGAAAUAAAUCCCGUAAUUGUCACCAAGCUGCUAGAAGCCGUUGAAAGUUUGAGUCAGGUUAGUCACUUACAUCCUGCCUACCCUUCACCCCUCUUUAAUGUCAUGGUCGAUUUUUCCUUUCAGAGCCAUCCUCCCCAGGCCAGGCAUGUUCCUUCCCCGGAUCACUUGAUUGGACUGGGAAGACAAGAAAGGGCACGCAGAGGGAGCAGGCAAUUCGCAGCCGCUGUACCUCGCACCUGCCUAGAUUUGUGAUGUUCUCUGUCCUGUCUGCCACAUUCGGUGUUAGAAAGCAGUUAUUCAAAGCUUUGUCCCUCUUACCCCCCUUGGUCUUUCUGUAGAGCACAAAAGUGAAAGAAGCUGCUGUAGCAGGGGUAGCAGUUCAUUAAAAUACACAACUAGGUUUCCUAGCUCUGGGGUUCCCAUUCUGUACUGGAGAGUGCAGGUCACGGCUGCUGUUAUUAAGGUUCGGUGUGGGAUCCAGGAGGUUUUCUCCUGGCAGCCGGUGUCAGGAUUAGUGCCGCCCUGGCCCAGGAGGGAACAGCCUAAUGAAUACCAACUUUGAAACAGUGCUGCCGGCACAUUAUUUAAGCUUGUACAUGCACAUAAUUCUGCACAACACUUCCAUGCUGGCCCUGGCCACUGACAGUGGUCAUGCGAAAUCAUGACAAAGGUUUGCAAGGAUAAACCAAUAAGGCACCGAGAGGGGAGAAAAAAAAAAAAAAGAUUUCCAACCAAUGUGAGACACCUUCAAA